AUGCGGGAGAUCGUCUUCCCCGGGAACGCAGGAAGUAACCCGAUCAAAAAGGAACCGAGGAUUGACAUCUCACUCAAGGCCAACUGGUUUGUAGACGCACCAUCGGUAGAAAUAGGAGCUGGCGAAUCUGGCCAGGAUGGGGAGGAUGGCGAGGAUGGCGAGGAUGGCGAGGAUGGAGGUGGAACAUAA